AUGACUACAACCUAUUGGCGAAUGGUUCUAGCGGUCGUCCCCGUUGUUGGUGCGGUCGUCGCAACUGUCUUCUUCCUUCUGCGUCUCUACAGUCGACUCCUCCUGAAAAGGAACCUCGACACUGGAGAUAUUUUAAUGUCUCUAGGCUUGUUCAUCUCUUACGGGGUGACUAUUUGCACUAUACUCGCUGCAUUCAGUGGAAUUGGAAAUGACAUUUGGGGUCUACAACUCAAAUACCACGGUCGUGUGAUUAUGCUAUUCUGGCUCACCCAAACCUUUUGGGCGCUGUCCCAGAUUUUCAUUAAAUUAUCAGUGACUCUUCUUCUUCGCAGCCUUCUCGCCUCUAUACGAAAAUGGGAAAUCACUACGACAGCUCUCUUCAUCUAUACCAUUGCCUGGGGUAUAGCCGCAAUUUUGGUGAACAUCUUCCAAUGCUGGCCUCCACAACACUUCUGGCUGCCUACUAGUACCCAUGGGGCAUGCAUAAAUGGACAGACAGCAUUCUUUAUGUCAAUUGGCGCACUCUCCCUCAUACAAGAUGUCGUCCUUCUUCUCCUUCCUGUCGCUGUUGUCUGGCGAUUGAGAUUGCCCAUCCGACAGAAGGUCCAGAUCACUGUGGCCUUUUCUAUUGGCGGAUUAGUGUGUGUCUUCAGUCUUCUCCGCUAG